AUCGAAGAUGCAACUUCCUACGAGCACACUUUGACUUUCAUUCGCGAAUGUAAAAUAAAAAAAUGCAAAAUUUGGGUUUGCUAUGGAUAGCCAUACUCAACCUACAAAAGGACGUAUGCCGAACUGGGGUUGACCGAUAAACCCGCUACACAAGAUGGUGGAACAGUAUAUUUUUACCGCAGGAGGAGUCAUCUUUCCAUGAAGAUUGAAAGUGAAAGUUUGUCAAACACCAAAGUACUAAGUACAACCUUGCCAGACAUUCAAAUAUUCUUGAGACACGAUGGCAGACCCGUCCUUGCAGGAGGACCGACUGGUCGAGCAGCGACUCGCCCAGGUCCCGUCCGCACGGCGAAGCGACUGGCGAUGGUGGAAAGAAGAAGGCAUGUGCAAGGCUCUGCAAUACUCGGACGACACGCCCGGGGCACACUGCGUGUGUCCGUUCGGGAUAGGCAUGCCCGCCGACGUGUCGUGGACCGACUACUCGAUUACUGCCAACACUCCCUGCGCAACUGCGACGGAUAAGGAAGGUUGCGACGCAAUGGCGGCGUCUCCCGUAGACGCAGUCAGACGUUGGGAAUGCGUUUGGAAGCCGUUCGUCUACAGAGCGGUAGCCAUGAGCGAACGUAGUCCACCUGUCGGGGGAGGAGAAGAGCACCAGCUGCAGCAAACGGUUGUUCCUCUUCUGAGAUACGGUGCGUGCGUCUCGCAGGGCGACGCGCACCCGCGGUCGAUCGCCAUGCCUGGGAUUGCGCUGCAGUCCUUCUGCGCGCUGUCCGCAUACGUGCCGAUUCUGCUCGCCGCGCUGAUAUUUCUCAAGUUUCUGUUUCGGCGCAGUACGACGCAGCUGUUCAAUCUUGGCUUUUUGCUUGUGCUCGUCUCGGUGAACGUAUGACAGUGCACAACUCCCCCUCCCCCUCAUUUGUCAUGCAAAAUCGCAAAUCCAGUCGCUGACUUGUGUGGCACUGUUUGUAUAACAAGUUCUGGUAGCAAAAAAUACCACUAAAUUCCAGUCUAAGCUUGUCAUGCAAAGCCGGCAUUCUUGCUGAUGAUUGUAUUGCCGUUCAUGCAACACAAAUGAGGGGGAGGGGGAGUUGUGCACUCUCAUAGCACGAACUGGGCAUCAAGAAGCUGAUGCGCCAGGCCCGGCCGCAAGAAUCUUGCGCGGGUAAUUUCGGCAUGCCAAGUGGCCACAGCGCGGUCGCGGUCGGGUUACUCACGGUGAAACUGUUGCAACUCCUCUACCGCACAGAGUUCGGCGCGCAGCGGCACACAGGACAAAUACGGCAGGUCAGGGAGGAAAUGCUGGCACAACUCGCGGAAAAGAUGCGAAGUAGACUGGAUGUAGUUUCGCCAUCCGAUUCCGUUAUUUUUCCGAAUGAAAUAUUGGAUGAUGUGGAAAAGGGCCGGACGCUUGGGGGCGCUCAGGACGAGGAGAGCGGGUCUCUUUCCUCUGAGACCGAAAAUUUUCUAACUGACAUUGGCGCAAAUGAAGAAGUCGAGGAAAAGGACUUGGCGACUCGCAAGUACGAACAAAGUGUGCUGGCAGACCCGUUGUUGACGUCGAGUCGACACCAGCGACAGACACAGAAGAUGCGUCAUCCGCUGAGCAAAACUCUGGCAAGCAAAAAAACAAGAAAAGGGAGACCGGGCAGCACUUCCGCGGCGCUGACCGUCGGCAGGAGCACCCCAAGCGAUGGCGAUGGGGGGACCACUAGGCAACCCAGGCCGCUUCCCGAAGCUGAUGGCAGCAGUUCCUGCAGCCGCUGCUUGCGUCGUUUCCGUCGCGACUGUUCUUUUGCUUUCGCUCAGUUGACGCGGGCUUUCUUCGGCCACUUCAAAUCCUCCUAUUGUACGGACGAAGGUGACGAAGUGAUUUCGCACGCCGAAGCGGCCUUUUGGACCACGGUAUGGAUCGUCAGCCUGGUGCCCGUCGGCCCCUGCCGUGCAAUUCUUCGAGACCACACGCCCGCACAGGUCAUCGUGGGCAUGUUGAUGGGGAUGCUGGUGGGCAUUUGCUGGUUCCGCUUGUCGAAACUCAUCGCGAAUCUCAACACGCAGCGCAUUGGUAAAUUUUUUUGAUCAAAAUCUAGCUCUUUUAGUCGCAUUUGAGGUGUACUUACUUUUGUCGAUGAAACGCAACAAAGGCGGAUCGGUUGUAUUUCAUCGAUGCGGAUGCCUCAUCAACUACUCCGCGCACACAAGGAGCAGGUGCAGCUGCUCCUGUCCUUAUUCUUUUACUUUUUUUCCUUCGUUUAUAUCGAAAGCAAAAGCAAAACCGCUGCCAAAAAAAAUACACUCUCACAGGUUAUCGGUAUUGCGAUGUGCUGCACGAUAUGGCACCGCCGUUCUACGAGUAUCGUUCCCAGCUUCGAACACACAUGUUGCCCUUGGUUCGCAGUGCGCAGCUCGAGUCCCGUGAACAGCGCGAAGCGGAAGCUCUGAACCUCUUACGCCAGCUCGAGUGGUACCGGGAGCAGCGUAAAAACGCGUGCCUGGACACGUUACAGAGGCUCAUUCAAAAAUCGAAGGACAACCAGGAUCAUUCCGGCUCCUUCGCGGAGGUGCUCGCCAGGGAGGAGAAAUUGCAAGAAGUCGUGUCGCUGGAAAAAGAGGUGGUGAAAGCGUUUGACCUGCAAAUGACCUUGGAAGAAGCCCUGCGAGUCCUUCCGGUGAAGCAGUUCAAUGCACAGUUCCCAGCGCCAGACGAGGACGCUCGUUUCCCACACGACGCGGCUAACGAACAAGAAGAUCAUGAUCACCUUUUACACGACAAGAGCCCGCCGGUUGGAGACGGAAAGAACACAGAAGAAAAGUUGGUCGCGUUGUCGCAAGAUGUUACGUCCUGGCCAGGAGGCGAUCAACACUCUACUACACCAGGAGUGCGUAUCCCGACGAUAACAACGCAUUCUGAAGACGAUCAUGAUACGCCACUGCUGCUUGACCAUGAGAUUGGGAACCUGAACCGCGUUUGAGGAUCCGAUGUCGUUCGUGGCAGGCCAGUUUUCCGCGCGGGCAUCAUUUGCCUCUACCUCUCCCUCGCUGAUUCUCCAUACGAUAAAAAUGAAAGAUCCGUUUUUGAUUUCGGCCCGGAGCAUGUUAGUAAGAACGUCAACGACUCAACGAUAGCCAGCGCAAUCAUCGUCUCGCUCUAUUUCGAUGAUACCGCGGUACAAGAGGAGAUGCUGACUUCGAAAUACGACGAAGCUACUAAAGUCAGUAAGAGCAGGAGAAGUUUCGCAUUCGUUUCCUUCUUCAAGACAUUGAGACGAGCAUACAAACGGCCUCUAAAGUGAUUGCGAUGAGGAUCUAGAUUUCACACUUUUAGAGUUCGAGUC